CACGUUCCCGCGCCGUGUUCGUCAUUUCCGCCCGCUGGAGGGAGGAGGACAGAGGAGCGGAAAAUGGCGGACGGUGUUGAUCACAUCGAUAUUUACGCAGAUGUAGAAGAGGAGUUCAAUCAGGAAACAGAUUAUCCUGUUCACGAGCAGAUCGACCUCUAUGAUGACGUCAUCUCCCCCUCGGCCAAUAACGGUGAUGCACCAGAGGACAGAGAUUACCUGGACAACCUUCCCGCACCUGGAGGCACCGAGGGGAAUAAAGGAGCUCCGCCCAACGUUGUGUACACGUAUACUGGCAAGCGCAUUGCUCUGUACAUCGGCAACCUCACCUGGUGGACUACAGAUGAGGAUCUGACAGAAGCCAUUCGCUCCAUCGGUAUCAGUGACGUGCUGGAGAUCAAGUUCUUUGAGAACCGAGCUAACGGACAGUCAAAAGGGUUUGCGUUGGUAUGUGUAGGAUCUGAAGCCUCCUCCCGGAAGUUGUUGGACUUGCUGUCAAAGCGCGAGCUUCACGGCCAGAACCCGAUCGUCACACCCUGCAACAAACAGUCGCUUAGUCAGUUCGAGCUGCAGUCACGCAAGAGCACCCAGUCGGGGCAGAUGUCAGGGGAAGGGAAAGCUGGACCUCCAGGUGUUGGUCCCCGCAGUGGUUUUCCCCUUGGUAGGGGUCGCGGGCGUUUUCCAGGUCCUGCAGGGCCCGGAGGAGAUCGCUUCCCUGGACCUGUUGGGCCUGGAGCUCCACCUCCACACUUCCCUGGUGGUAUACAGAGUCCUCCCCGCCCUCCUCCAGGUCCUCCUGGUCCUCCAGGUCCUCCUGGCCCUCCACCUCCUGGUCAAGGUUUAGCCCCACCCCUUUCAGGCCCUCCUAAUAGAGGGGACCGCCCACCUCCUCCUGUACUGUUUCCUGGUCAGUUUGGCCAACCUCCACUUGGUCCAUUACCUCCUGGCCCACCUCCUCCAGGUUAUGGCCCGCCCCCUGGUCCUCCCCCACCUCAGCAAGGUCCACCCCCUCCUGGCCCAUUCCCACCUCGUCCCCCUGGUCCUAUCGGACCUCCCCUGGCCUUAGCGCCACCCCCUCACAUGCGUGGCCCCCCUCCUGGAGGCCCACCACCUGCCCCUCAUGUAAACCCUGCCUUCUUCCCACCACCCGGUAACAACAACAUGGCAGCACCAGAUAGAGCCCCACCCCCCAACGACCCUUACGGACGGCCUCCCCCUUAUGACCGGGAUUACGGCCCGGGCAGGGAGAUGGAUGCAGCUCGGGCCCCUCUGAGUGAGGCUGAAUUUGAGGAGAUAAUGAAUAGAAACAGAGCUAUCUCCAGCAGCGCUAUAUCCAGAGCUGUGUCAGAUGCAAGUGCAGGAGAUUACGGCAGUGCUAUUGAGACACUGGUGACUGCGAUUUCAUUAAUAAAGCAGUCGAAAGUUUCUGCUGAUGAUCGCUGUAAAGUGUUAAUCAGCUCUCUGCAGGACUGCCUGCACGGAAUCGAGUCCAAAUCCUACGGCUCUGCCUCCAGCAGACGAGAGCGAUCGCGGGAUCGGGACCACAGUCGCUCUCGUGAGAAAAGUCGCCGUCACAAAUCGCGUAGCCGCGAUCGUCACGAAGAUUAUUACAGAGAGAGGAGCCGUGAGCGAGACCGCCACCGCGAGAGGGACCGUGACCGUGAGAGAGACCGCGACCGUGAGAGGGAAUACCGCCAUCGUUAGGACAGAGCUGAAUGGAAGAAAACAAUAAGGAAGAGUGUCUGAGGAGGAAGAAGCGACCCGAGCACUUCGCACUCAUCCAUCAGCGCUCUUCAUCCCUCCGUCACUAAGGGCGACUGGACUCGGCCACACACACCGCUCCAGUGCAGAUCUGUUUCAAACGUAUAUAUAUAUCUACUUACUCACUCUUAAUUCCCAGCUGCUUAUUUUUUUAUUUUUUACAUUUUAUUUGACCCGCGUAUUCCGACGAAGAAAAGUUCAGCUUUUUUGGCGUUAAAAUUAAAGGUAACACUUGCCUGCUUGGUCCUUUCACCAAAAACGUAACCGUUUUUGACGCCUGUAAUGUGUAAAUUGUUGUUUUUAUAGGGGACUUUUGUUUUCAUCUCCCUCUUCCCCUCAUUUCCCCACUCUGUUUGUCUGCAUCAUUGUCUGUGAAUGUUUCUGCCUUGAUUUAUUAAAUAGACCGUGUUGUAAUAAAGUGUUUCUGGGGUUGCCA